ACGGACACUGAGUGUCGGGUUCUGAGCUACAGUACCUGCUUGUGUUCUGUCGAGCUGCUUUCGCCGCCGCGCACUUUAACAAAGACGCCGUCACUACAUGGCGGAUACAGAUGUUUGGAGGCUGGGAAAACAGCAGCAGUGACGAGGACAGAACCCGGAGCUCCUGACUAAAAAGUGUCGGUUCUCGACGAGUGGCUUUUGUGUUCGGAGCAGCUCCCACUCUGACUUCCUGAAGACAUAUGUGGCAUGAAACCAGAUCAUACACAUCUUUCAUUCAUCACCUCCUCCUCCUCCUUCAUCUCCCUCCACCAUCACCAGUUAGGAACUCUCUCACAGCUCCACCGCAUUGAUGAGGUAACAUCAAGCUCCACACAGCACAGCACCCACCUGCUCAAGCACCGCCCCCCCUUCCUUCUGCCAACCCUUUCACUACAGCUAUGGGUCAGAAGAUAUCUGGUGGGAUAAAAUCGGUAGACAGUCGCGGGGAAAGUGGUGGUUCCCCGUCUUAUCGGCCCUUGGCUCAUCGCCGGCAGCACCCGGCGCUAAGAGGCCCAGAUUUCUCCAAACCUCCCAGGCUGGAUCUCCUGCUGGACAUGCCAUGCGCUGGACCAGAGACCCAGCACCGUCACGCGUGGAACCCUGAUGACCGCUCGCUCAACAUUUUCAUCAAAGACGAAGAUAAAUUGACAUUUCACCGGCACCCGGUCGCUCAGAGCACAGACUGCAUUCGGGGGCACGUCGGAUACACAAGAGGUCUUCACGUGUGGAAGAUCCACUGGCCCUCUCGGCAGCGAGGCACCCAUGCAAUAGUUGGAGUUGCAACAUCAGAAGCUCCUUUACACUCCGUUGGGUACACGGCGUUGGUGGGGUCAGACUGUGAGUCCUGGGGCUGGGAUCUGGGACGCAACCGGCUCUAUCAUGACAGUAAGAACCGGGCUCACAGCUCACUUCCAUCUUACCCAUGUUUUCUCGAGCCAGAGGAGUCGUUCACACCGCCGGACUCCCUGCUCGUGAUUCUGGAUAUGGAUGAAGGAACCCUGAGCUUCAUGGUAGAUGGACAGUAUCUAGGAGUGGCGUUUCGAGGGCUGAAGGGCAAGAAGUUGUAUCCCAUUGUCAGCGCCGUGUGGGGACAUUGUGAGAUAUCCAUGAAGUACAUCAACGGCUUGGAUCCCGAGCCUCUUCCUCUGAUGGACCUGUGUCGGCGUGCAGCUCGCCUGGCAUUGGGCCGCGAGCGGCUUCAGGAGAUUGAGAGCCUCCCUCUUCCUCAGUCCCUCAAAAAUUACCUCCAGUACCAGUGACUGACACAAACAGAGCAACCCGGGAGAACAAUGACACAAACCAGACCACCAGAAAGUCUGAGGAUCGGUGGAUGAAACGAAAUCAUUAAAAAGAUGCAAACAUGGAUGAUGGAUGGAAGCAUGACCAUGUCAAGAGUGUCAGAGCUCUAUUAAAGAUGAAUUUAUACAAGGCUAGAAAGAAGGAUGGUGGAUGAACUGACGGUGGGGGAGGUCCAGGCUGUCACACAAAAAGGUCAGGGGCAGCACCAGCUUCUUUUGAAUUUUGAGCUGCUCUUUUAUUAGUUUUUAGACUUUAACUAAAUUAUUGAUGAUGGUAUACCAUCAGUGUGUCACUCAACCAGGGAGAAAGCCCGUCCUCUGGUGGCACAGUGCAGUGAAGAGCAGAGACGGCGGUGAGACGAACACCACCACCACCUAGUGAGGAAAGUAAACAACUGCGACAAGAAGGCAGACUAAUCCUAAACACGGCGGCCUUUCUGACGUACAGUCAGUGACAAUAUCUUUGAGGUGGAUACCACAGUGUGUGUGUAUCCACAGUCUCCACUGGCACAGAUGACAGGUUGCAGAGCUCACACAUCCAAGAGGAUUUAAGCACUAAUGUCAUUUUAUGUGACAACUCGGGGCCUGGCCACAAGCUCCCCGCCGCACACAGAGUGGAUCAAAGCAUGGCUGCGGGUGGAAUACAGAGUUUAACACAAGAGCCUUACCUCCUGUCUCAUGCAGAUAUUUGGUGAUAAUUAGCCCUUUUCAGAGGCAUGUCUUAAAUUAAGUAAAAUAAGAAUGAGCAGUGGAGUUGGUAAAAAGUUAAAGAAAGAACAAGUGUUUUACUGAUUUAAAAAUAGAAAUUAAAUUGUAAUUGCUGCAUUUACUCAAAUAUCUAAUGAGCCAAUCACAUGAGAGCAAGUCAGUGCAUUAAGGGACAUGGUCAAGUUCACACUGAGCUUCAGAAUGGAGAAGAAAGGUGGUUUAGGUGACUUUAAACACAGUAGGUUUGUAGGUGCUGGAUGAGCAUUUCAGAAACUGCUAAUCAGCCGUUAUUUCAAUGCACAACCAUCGCUAAUGUUUAUAGAGAAAGGUCUGAAAAAGAGAAAAUAGUGAGCAUCGGUCAGAAGAGAAUGACCAGAUUGGUUCCAAAUGGUAGUAAUUCAACACCUGAUUAGCUACACCUAACCUAAAAAAAAGUGAGUUCAUGUGUUUCCAUCACUUCCCUAGAUGACCUCUUCUUGCUUUAACUGAUGUCAGAAGAAAAAGAAAAACACCAAAUACUGAUAUGUCAGACAUUGUCUGUUACAGUGCAAACUUCUUUAAUGUGCAGACUUUGUGCUGUUGCUUCCUUUUCGUUAAUGUGACAAUAGUAAAUUAAGACUUGCACUGUGUGGGGAG